AGGAGUCUAGAGACCAGGCCCAUGAAUUUCUGUGAUUUAGUUGCAAUCCCCAAAUAGAGAAUAUCAUUCCCUGGAAUUCUCAAUCGGAAAUACAGGACAAGACAUAUCGGAGAUGGCGACGGCGACGGGGACGGCGACGAUCAACGACAACACCAGUUCCGCUAUCAAAAACCCUAAAAAGACCAAUCUCUUAGAUCAUCACUCCAUCAAACACUUACUCGACGAAUCUGUCACUGAGAUCGUGACUAAUCGAGGUUACAGCGAAGAUGUGAGGAUGAGUAACGUUAGAUUGUUGAUCGGAGCGAUCAUUAUUAUCAUUGCCCUCUUUGCUCAGUUUUACAAUAAGAAGUUUCCGGAUAACAGGAAUUUCCUCAUUGGAUGCAUCAUAUUAUAUCCUUUUCUAAGCCCCAGAUUCAAUUUCCACUUAUUCAAUGGGAUAUUACAGCUGAUCAUCUACACCAAGGAGAAGAACGCAUUGCUGUUCACGUACCCUCCUGCAGGUUCUGCUUAUAACAGUACCGGAUUAAUGGUGUCUUCUAAAUUGCCCAGAUUCUCUGACAUGUAUACACUCACCAUAGCAAGUGCUGAUCCAAAAUCCAUUUCUGCAAAAUCAACUGUCGAGUUUACCAAAAGUGUUACCAAAUGGUUUACAAAGGAUGGAGUGUUGGUGGAAGGGCUGUUUUGGAAAGAUGUGGAGGGCCUGGUGAAUGAGUACGCUAAAGCUAAAGAUAACAAAAAGAGCAAGUGAAAUGUGAAUCUGUGAUUGAUAAUGAUAGGGGGUAGAAUUGAAAUAUUGAGAACUUAUAGAGGUGGCCUUUACAAAUAUAUUGCAAGACUACCACUGAUGUAGUUGCUCUAAGGCUAUCAAACCCAAAAUGGCAUGCCACAUUGUCACAUAACAUGCACGAUAUGCCACAUAUGGAGUCUUUGGACAAUCAUAUAUUAAAAAUCAUCAAAGUUGUUUGAAAUGCACAAGAUAUUUGCAUUGUUAGCUGUAUUGGCAAUAUAUUGAUCUUUUUGGUGAUUUAU